UGGUCAUUCCUUCAGCAUAGACGAGCUUCGGUGGCACUUUAAGCUCUGACGCGGCUUUCUGGCUGGUUGACUGUCAGGGCAGAGGACUCGCAUCUCUCCUCCUGGAUAAAAUGUCUUCGUAGCGGAAAGGCUGAUGAGUUCCUGUAUCCAAUUUCUAAUAUGGACAGUGCACCUGAGCAAGUGUAGACCAGUUUUACUGUGUGUCAUUUUUACACUACUCUCAGACUGGAUGACAGGAGAUGAGACACUGCAGCCGUAGACCACAUCAUGAGUAUCCAGAGUCUGGGAGGAGCUAUAGGGGAGUCCCUGGGCUCUAGCCUGACGGUGCGUAUGAGUGGAGCAGGUGGCGGUUGGAGUGCUCUCUCCUUGAAACCUGUUUCGUCUGGGCGGAUUACCUCUCUGUUCCAGACGAUGGUGCCCACCGGUUAUACCAAGCUACAGGAGGAGCGACUAGCCAUGGUGGACCUCGGAGCUAAACCAGAGGCCGGCUCGCUCCAGAACGGCUAUAGACAAGACACAUCACACGUAGAAGGCAGACGGCUCAUGGACCGGGCUUCUCGGUCCUCUGUGACCUUAUCAGACUGUGGAGACGGAGGCUACUCUGAAACAGAACCCAUGCUGGCUGAGAGGAGGCUCUCCGGUGAGGAGGCAGAUGCAGAGGAGGAAGAGGAUGAAGAGGAAGGGCUGACAUCUGAUGUGCACAAUAUGCCCAAGGAGUCGCCGUUGGCCAUGGCGCUGCAGAUUUUGGUGCCUUUCCUGCUAGCUGGAUUUGGAACUGUAUCAGCUGGAAUGGUGCUGGAUAUUGUGCAGCACUGGGAGGCCUUUCAGUACAUCACAGAGAUCUUCAUCCUGGUUCCCGCUCUGCUCGGCCUCAAAGGAAACCUGGAGAUGACUCUGGCCUCAAGGCUGUCCACAGCGGUGAAUGUGGGCAAGAUGGAUUCUCCCAUAGAGAAGUGGAAUUUAAUCAUAGGCAACCUGGCACUGAAGCAGGUUCAGGCCACCGUGGUGGGUUUUCUGGCCGCUGUAGCAGCCGUGGUUCUCGGUUGGAUCCCAGAGGGAAAGUUCCAGAUGAGCCACGCUGUGCUGCUGUGCUCCAGCAGCGUGGCCACGGCCUUCAUAGCCUCCCUGCUGCAAGGUAUCAUCAUGGUGGGUGUAAUUGUGGGUUCGAAGAAGACUGGCAUCAACCCAGACAACGUUGCCACACCCAUUGCCGCCAGUUUUGGUGACCUCAUAACCUUGGCGAUCCUGGCGUGGAUAAGCCAGGGCCUCUACAAGUGCCUGGACUCCUACCCAUAUGUAUCAUCACUGGUGUGCGCCUUCUUCAUGUGUCUGACUCCUCUGUGGAUCGUCAUCUCCUCCAAGCACCCAGCCAGCCGCACCCUGCUCUACUCCGGAUGGGAGCCAGUCAUCACUGCCAUGGUCAUCAGCAGCAUUGGAGGACUCAUCCUGGACAAAACAGUGUCUGACCCAAAUCUGGCUGGCAUCGUAGUGUACACCCCGGUUAUCAAUGGAAUCGGGGGUAACCUGGUGGCUAUUCAGUCCAGCAGGAUCUCCACUCACCUGCAUCUCCACUGUGCUCCUGGAGAGGUUCCUGACGAGGCCAAAGGCUGCUACUACCCCUGCCGCACAUUCUGUGGUACAGGAGCCAAUCAUCGCUCUGCUCAGGUGCUCCUACUUCUGGUGAUCCCCGGUCACCUGAUCUUCCUCUACACCAUCCACCUAAUGAAAAGCGGGCACACCACCCUGACGCCCAUCUUCAUGUCUGUCUACCUUGCUGCUGCUAUGCUGCAGGUGUUGCUGUUGUUGUGUAUAGCAGACUGGAUGGUGCACUCCAUGUGGCGCAGCGGCAAAGAUCCAGACAGUUUCUCCAUCCCUUACUUGACGGCUCUGGGGGACCUGUUGGGCACCGCCCUGCUGGCACUCAGCUUCCACUUCCUGUGGGUGAUAGGAGACCAGGACAGCGACGUGGGCGACUGAGAUGGCCUUGAAUAGUAAAGCAUUUGGCAGAGACAGAAACCGUGCUGUUUGCCAUGUGACUUCUUACGCCCUUAAGCCUUGUGGGAAUGUGAGCGCUCUCUCUGUCGCUGGCCAGCACAUUCCUCUGCUUUACUUCACUUAAAACCACAUCGAUGGUUGGAACAUUAUUUUCUGCUCCUGCUCCUUUUUUUUUUUACAUUAUAGUCCAUAAAUUUAGACUGUCCUCAGUCCAGAUUUUGAUCUGCAUAGUUUGCACCAAAGAACUUGCAUAUCACAUUGCUGGUCUUGUUAAGAGGAGCGGGAAAACACCAGCCACCACCCACAAUGCUGACGAAACCUUGCUGCUGUUGGCUGUCUCUGCAGCCAAGCAUCAGUCGGAGGACUGAAAAAAGUUUCUUUGGCAGGUAGAUAUUUUAAGGGUCUAUCACCCACUGUGGCACAAAAUUUGUCACCUGACAGGAAGGGGAGGCAGAGUUUGUCCACAGUUGUCUUGUUAACGCACACUUUGAACUGCCAUGUUAGCAGGUGUACUCACACCAGGCCACCACUUAAAAGGGAUUAACAGAAAUUUCUAUUGAUGGUACAAGAAGGCCACAUUUCUUGCUGUGUCUCUCUGUUUUUUCUUGGGAUGUUUUUGACAUUUUUUGUAGUGUCCAAACUCCGAAUGUCUCCUUUCUUUACGGUACAGUUCAGUUCAGUAUUUCAGUUAUUAGGUUAAAGCUGGUACAUUCUUCCCUGCUGCACGUGAAGAAAGAUGUACGAGCGCCGUUUAAAGCCAUGCGUACAAAUAUCAACUCUUUUUUUUUCUUUUCUUUUUUCAUUUCCAAUUUCUAACCUGUCUCCUGACAGGACAUUCCCAACCGUUUUGGCUCAGUACAGCAACUAAUCAAUUCCAGUCUUGCGGACGAAUACUUAGACUGUAACUGUCUUUAUUUUGAACCGAGUCAAAUGAUUUUGUGAGCUCAGUAAGUGAUUCGUACACAGGAACAUUCACGAAUUGAUAAAGUUAGUCUAAGUUCAUUUAGCUUAAGUUUAAAUGUGUCUUUAUCAUCCAGCAGCCACAUACACCAGAUUGUGACUUGAGCUAACCAAUCGCUUAUCAGUUUAUCUGUUCAGCUUUAGCCUCCAUGAUACAUUCUGCAAACGUUAACAGCACUUCUCUGACCCUCAUGUAAAAUAAAUCAUGAAAGCCUUUGUAUAUUAUGUCAAACUGCAUUUCCUCACAUUCAUUUUCUCUGUUUGUUUGUCCCGUCUCAUAUCCCCAGUGGGGGCUCCACGCCAGAUGUUUGCAUGCUAAUCACAUGCUGUUUACAGCGCACGUCCACAUAGUAUCAACAUGUACGCAGUUAAUUAGCAGUUUUCAGUUCAGCAUUGUCUGAUUUACUACUCGUACACCACUGAUGUCGUAAUCAUUGUAAACAUAACCUGACAGAAAGCCAGAUUUCUGCUUGAUUUCGUUUUUCAGAUGUGUUUAAAAGGUCAGAGAACAUUGAUUCAGUUGAAGCACACUAAUGAAUAAAUAAAUUCCUCUGGCCACAGGAGAAAUAACAUUGGGAAAAAUCUUCUUCGCUUAAAAAUAAACUCACAAAGCAAACCACCUCCCUCAUCUGAUCAUUCAGCAUGUGAACGUAGCCGGUGGUUCUCUUCACCUCCACUAUGUGCCUCUUGAGAUUCAAGGUAUUUUUCUCUCUCAUGCCAUGAAUGCAUUUUUUUUUCUACAGCUUUACAAUACUGUGCAAUGACUUCUUUUGUACUAAUUUUCAGUUCUAAGGCAACAGUUAUUAUAUUUUUGAAAAGUUGUAUUCUGUAAUGAGAUAUCCACCAUUUUAAUCACAGGCAUGGAAGUAUUAUGGAUAUCGAAGUGGGAGUGGCAUAAAUUUGGUUCAAAGUGGAAAUACUUCCUUUUGGUAUGAGACCCUGUAUUUGCUUUUGUGGCUCAUUUUGGCCAAAAAGUGUCUAAAUAAAUGUCAAUUUCAAUUG